AUGAAAGGAGGUAUUAACAAGGCUUGUGCUGCCUGCAAAUACCAAAGAAGAAGAUGUGCAAAGGAUUGCGCUCUAUCUCCCUAUUUCCCUGCUGAUAAGCCCAAAAUGUUCAGCAACGCUCAUCGUUUGUUUGGGGUGUCUAACAUCAUCAGAAUUCUCAAGCAGGUUGAGCCAGAUGAAAGGGACGAGGCUAUGAAAUCUAUUAUUUAUGAGUCAGAUAUUCGUGCCAAGUAUCCCCAACAAGGUUGCUAUGGUGUUAUUUUGCAGUAUCAAGCUUUGAUUUACAAGGCUAUGGAAGAACUUCGGUAUGUUCAAAUGUUGCUAGCUUUUAUUAAACAAGCUCAUCAUCAUCCGAGACAAAAUCAAAAUCUUGUAUUAAUGGAUAAUUCUGGUGGAGAUAUAGAUGCAAAACCUAAUUUGACUCCAAUACAAGAUGUUCCUAGGGCAAUCAGUACUAAUUAUUUUAACAUAAUUGGGUCUACAUCUAGUGAAAUUACUAAUGCUGGUUCUGACAUCGAAGCAAAAUCUGCUCUCAACACUUAUGCUGUUGAAAAUUAUGAUAUAGUCGCAAAAUGUGAGAAAUUGAAUUUGAUGGAAGUGGAAGGACCCUCCAAUUGCAAUGAAUUUGACAUUUCUCAAUAUAUGUCGUUUAAUGUGUUUGAAAACACGGGCAAAUCCAGUGAGGAGCCGACAUCAACGGAGGAUUCAUCCUGGGAAAACAUAUGA